CUUCCUUCACACAACCACAGAAUCGCAUCUGAGUGACCGACCAUCCAAGAAAUUCUCCUUUCUGACUACUUUCGUUCCUUCUACUAAUCAAUCCUUUCUGCUAAUUUUCUUGGAGAAAGAGGUAUAUAGCUAUCUGGCCUGAUCAGCGAGCGGUGAUGUGGGUGGAGCUUAUCUUUGGUCUGGUGGUCAUCUACCGAGUGGUACGCCGUUUCUUCUAUGAUGAUGAAGACCACGUUGAUUUCGGUUCCAGUGGCUCCAAUGCUCUCUUCGCCGUCGCCGAAAGGCUUCAAGCUCUGUAUGGUGGCAAAGCUUAUGUUGGGCUUCGAAUUCCUGACCCUGAUACUGCUUCUCGACAGAAUAUUGAUUUGGUCCUCGUCACGAAAAAGGAGGCAGUGGUGGUUUCUGUGAUAAAUGCAUCUGGAAUUGCGUCUAUAGACGGGGAUGGUACUUGGGUCUGCACGGAUGGUUCCAAGCACAAAACAGAACGUCUUCAGGAUCCGAUGGUGGAGGCCAAAAGACAAGCUGCAGUUCUCGAGUCGUAUCUUGAACAAAGGGGAGUUGCUCUGCCAGAUGGAUAUCUGUCCUGCAAGAUCGUAUGCCCCAACCCAAACUUUCGCACCAUUCAUCCAGAUUACUUUCCCCCAGAAGUUGUAACAUAUGAGCAAUGGACAGAAUUGAAACCAGAGCGGAAGAGCAUAUCUGGCUGGAUUAAGGGUGCUUUACAUGGUGAUAAGAAAGAAAUGCAGGAGUCGGUACAGAAUCUUGGUUUCAUUCUCAGCACUGCUCCAAUGUGGGAUAGAUUGGAGCUAAAAAAUAACAUACAACUAUUAGGAGAAUUUUUAGAAUUUAAAGGGAAGCAAGAUGAUAUCCUGUCUUUAAGAAAUAUUAAGAGAUCAAAAGUUAGCCGUUUGACGAUCCAAAAAACAAGCAUGUUUGGUUUAGCUCAUUCGAAGCUUCAACUUCUAUACGCACCACGAGAUUACAGGAGUGAAGGGGGUUCAGGUUUGGACUGGAAUGAGGUAACAGUGAGAUCAAGUACAGAAGUCUUGUUUCAGCUUCAAGAUCCUGCUAAAGUUCAGAAAAUCAAACUGUCUUCGAUCAUAAACAUGUCACUGAGCCCGUAAGUUUUGUCUGCUGGUUGUACGUACAGUCGUCACAAAUACUUGCAAUAGAGGGGGAUGUCAAUGACUAAACUGUGUAAUGUUAUGUUAAAGAAGCUUCACUGAAAGUAUGAUGGACCUACAAAUAUAUGUGUAUUGCUCUUUUGAUAACUCUGUUUAAAAGAUUCUAAAGCAUCGUUUUUCCCUGUUUUCUGUUAUAUAUCUUUUUUGUUCUUUUUGUGUUUCA